GUCCCACGCCAAUGCAAACUCCCGUACCGCCGCGUAUCUAGGAACAUUCGUUAUGUCACAUACGUUCCCGCACGGAAAACGGUAUCAACUGUACAGAUCACCGCAUAGCUAACGGAAGAUAAACAGAAGACAAUAUGGCAGAGACUCAUAGUUUACAUCCCAUUAGGCAGCAGGCUGCAAUUGCUGCUAAAGUCUUCAUACAGAGGGAUUAUACAAAUGGCACUAUAUGUCAAUUUCAAACGAAGUUCCCUUGUGAGCUGGAGACCAGGAUGGACAAACAGCAGUUUGAGGAGACAGUGCGGACUCUAAAUAACCUCUAUGCUGAGGCAGAGAAACUUGGAAGCCACUCAUACAUUGAAGGUUGUCUGGCCUGCCUGACAGCUUAUACCGUGUUCUUGUGUAUGGAGACGCAUUAUGAAAAGGUUUUAAAAAAGAUUGCAAAGUAUGUGCAGGAGCAGAAUGACAAGGUGUACGCACCCAGAGGUCUCUUGCUCACCGACCCAAUCGAAAGAGGCCUCCGAGUCAUUGAGGUCACUAUCUUUGAAGAGAGAAGCCUGACUAGAUAGAAAUUUCCAAGGAGCUGCUUUCUGAAGAGAGCUUCUGUGUCAAUCCCCCCCCAAAGCACACAGAAGGACCCGGCACACCUAUACUCUCCUGCGUCUCAGCAAUCUGCUUUCUUAAUCACAUGCUGCCCUAAAAUGACAGUAUUCAACAUAUCGUUUGCCGUAUAGCAGUCAACGCCACUCAACAGCAUCGCUUGAAAACUCUGCGACAAUACAAGAUUCCCCAAUUAGCACCAAAUCUCUUCAGCCAAUGACAAAUGAGCUUUUAUUUGGUUUAGACCAGAAUUACAAAUCCUAUUUGAACAAUGAGGCCAAAACCAGCAGACGUGACUUAUUUAUGUUUUCUAUGAUGCUGAAAGUCUGCUAUCCAUUUUGUUUUGCUGAACAUUUUUAUGGUUACUUUUUUUGUAAUCGCUCCAAGGAUAACUGACAUGCUGAUUGUUGUCAGACUCAGACAUUCCAGUCGCACUGCCAUGGUUGUUUGUAAUCUGAAUAUUUUCUUUUUAAAUGCCUUGUUUCAUAAGUUGUAGUGCUUGUGGUCUGUUCAUGAUGUGCAUGAAAUAUUAUUAAGGCUUUUAUCAUUUGCAUACCGUGCCUUGCAAAGCGUUUGGUGAUGUCUAAUAGGCGUCAUUCGUUUGGUGUUUAUUUUUGUCCUCUGUUAUGUAAUGUAAAAACUGUUUGAUGAUUGCCUGUUUUGUUGGUAUUUUUGUUACUAUUAAUGAUUAGCUUAGUUUUAGCCCUAAACCAAAUCCUAGUUAUCAUUAUUGUCAUUAUUAUUAUUCAUCCAUCUGUUUUCUGUACCGCUUUGUCCGCACGGGGUUCACGGGCGUGCUGGAGCCUAUCCCAGCGGUCAUGAGGCAGUAGGUGGAGGACGCCCUGAACCGGUUGCCAGCCAAUCACAGGGCACACCGAGAUGAACAAACAUCCGCACUCACACCUAGGGGCAAUUUGGAGUGCUCAAUCGGCCAACCAAGGAUGUUUUUGGGAUGUGGGAGUAAACCGGAGUGCCCGGAGAAAACUCACGCGGGCACGGGGAGAACAUGCAAACUCCACACAGGGAGAGUCGGAGGUGGAAUCGAACCGGCACCCUCCUAACUGAGGCGUGCUGAAAACGUGCUGACCACCCAUUAGUAGUAUUAUUGUUAUUAUUAUUAUUUUAUUAUUUGUUUCCCAAACAGUACACUAAAAAGCCAAGCUUAAAGAUCUCAAUUGAGGUUAGAUGCUUGACAAAUCUAUGAGAUCACCUUCUAAUUUUAGAGCUAACCUGAAUUAAAUUACAGAAUAAUUGAUAUUACUUUUGUGUUUCUAUACUAUUGAUGUUACUUUAUCUAAAGUGGUAUAUUUAGUGCUGAAAUGUAAUCAGUAAUACUUUAUUGCCCUCCCCAAAUAGAAAAGGUCAUUAUUGUUUAUUGCUGAAGAUGAGUUAUUAACUUGCAUUCCUGAACAGAAAAACAUCUUUUAAGGGUUGGUAGUUAUGCUUGAUUGAUUUCUGACUUCUUGGAAAACUCUAGUGAGCUGGCUCAAAUAUUGGUUGAAAAAAAGAUGCAUUCUGUCUGGAAUUCCUCAUUCCUUUUCAAAAUGGUAAAUCGCCAAAAGGGGUGGUCUAAUUGAUUCGAUAGACACUGUAUCUGAAUGUACGACUUCAUCCAUAUUUGAUAUUUUCUGCAAUAUAAUUAAAAAAUAGACUUUAGAAAUUUACAGUUUUAACUUAUUUAGGUGAGGUUUCGUUAUGUACCUGAUUUUUUUUCUUUUAUUGACAUUUAGAGGUUAUCUUAUAAUGAAUAAAAUGUAUACAUAUUUUACUUUUUAAUUCUUGUCUUCAUGUUGAUCAUAUGUCUUGAAUAACUGAAAUAUGCGACAGGUUUCUGAUUCGUUUGAGAUUGAUAAGAGGUAACAACUUGUUUUGGUAGUUACUAUAUUUAAGAAAUACACUACCCCGAAAAUAAUAAGACAAUACCGUAUGCAUAUUAAUACAGAAUGGAUGGUUCAGAUUUGGGGCUUUUUUGGUGACUAGUGGUCUUGAGGUUGGUUAAUCACAAGAACUGCAGAAGAACAUCCGUUGGAUUUUUUAAUCUCAAUUUGGAAUUACAAGAAUAUGCAGGAAGAUUAUGUCAUUCUCUGACUUCUUAAAUUGAAUUCUGUUGUCCUGAGAUUGGCUUCAGUGAUGGCCAUGCUUGAAAACAGCUAUGCAAUGUUAUGACAUAAGCAAAAGCAUGUUGUCCCUUACAGUGAAUGGAAUUUUAUUAUAAAGUAAAAUCCAUCAUCUUACUGUAUUCAAUCCAAAAUUACUCUGCUUUACCUUACUUUGUCGGGAAACUCAUUGUAUAGCAGGCAAAUUUGUUAUGCAUGUAUUUUUGAUUCGAUGUUGACAGUUGAUUGUUGUACUUUAGCUCCUGCUUUCCCCUUUGCGCCCUCCCCUCUCUUUUCCUUUGUUUCUUUUUCCCUUCCCUUCUUAAACCCAAAAAGGUAAUUUUCUCAGAAAACCAUGACAAAGCCACAACUGCUGUAGUUUUGAGACAUCAUCUGUUUGAAUUUAUGUCACAUGGCUAACAGUGACUAAGUGAUGUUUAUGUUAUUACUUGCAGAGAUUAUUUGAAGACAUUGCUAUAAAUUGCUAGUCCAGUACUUGUUUUCACAUCUGAACUUUAUGGUUAGUAUCGUUGUAAGGUUACUUCUUAAAUAAACGUAAAAUAAAAAUAAAAAAACA